AAUUGCACAGAUGCUGUGAAUGAUUAUAACUGUAGCUGUAUUCCUGGCUUCAAGGGGAAGAAUUGCAGUAUUGGUAAGCCAUUUCCGCCCAUUUUAUUUAAUAGUAUAUUGUACAGAAUGUAUGAUAUUUAUUAAAAGCUCCCCGUGUUUUACGUGAAUCCAAGACAGUCUUGGAUUCUUGAUUCCAGGUACUGGAUUCCAAAUCUUCGUCAGUGGAACUUGCAUUCUGGAUUCCAGUCGUUUGUGGGAUUCCGGAUUCCUUAAGCUGUAUUCCGGAUUCCAAAUCAUAGGAUUCCGGAUUCCACGAGCAACUAUAUCCCAGAAACCAGAAUCCAGGAAGGGAAAGUAAAGCCGUUUGCUAUAAAUUAUAAGCAUUGUAACGAAAUUUACAGCAGUUAAAACUUUUUAAUAGAUUAACACUGAUGAAUAUAGGCCGCCAUUCUCAGUACUGUUCUGUGCUCAUAGGCGUAGGCUCAGAUUCUAAAGCUUUAUUCACACUAUACUGGUCGGAUAACUUUUCGUACCAACACCAAAUGCUAUGCGGAAUGGUAUGAACAUCUAUCCCAUAUGUGACUCUCCACUUUAAUUAGAAAUCGGCGUUGCGUACACAGCCAAGCUCCGAUUAAAGAAAUCGCGCUGAAAUCACAGUUCUUGUGUUUUAACAAUAGCCCUAUCGUCCAAUUAUAUCGUAUGGUUUUCGUGCCUGCGCAAAAAGCUAUCCGCGAUGUAGUAUAAACAUAGCUUAGUCGCCCCUUAAUCCAGCGGAAGGAGCAAUUAACCCUUAAAGCCCUCAGAUCAAAAUUUAAAUUCUCAUUUGUUACCCUUAUUCAUUUCAUACAGAAGCAUCGAGUGAGAAGUUGAUAAAAUAUCAAGCAAAUAGACCUUUUUACCGAUACGGCAGCCAUUUUGAAUUAAGUAGAUUUAAGGGGUAUUAUGGGAAGCACAGGAGGCAUGAGCACGAUCCGAUUUGCUCAAUCAGUUUUAACGCGCGCUUUUCGGGACAAUUUUUCUUUUAGUUUUCCUAGAAAAAGACUGCAAUGGGAAAAAAAAAGAUCGUUUUGCCGUUUUUGGAUUUAAUAAUGAUCGCCUUUUUCCCGAGAAAUAUACAGUGAAGUUCUCUUUUUGCCAGAAAAGCGAGCGUAAAUGCUGAGCGACAGCCAGUGCCCCCUGGGCAUCCCAUAAUACUCCUUAAAUCUAAUAAAUUGACUAUGGCCGCCGUAUCGGUAAAAAGGUCUAUUGAUCUUGUGUGAUCAUGUCCGGAAAUCUCAUGACCACUAUAUUUUACAAAGCAUUGAUAUUACAAUGAGAAAUUUGAUGCUGAUCACUUUUAAGGCCGAGUUUAAAGGGUUAGAACGAUCAAUCACUGUGUCUGCAUGGGAACGUGAUCGAUGAAUUUUAUUAUUAAGUUUCUGAAAAACUUUAUUGUUAUUAUCCGCACUGAAUUCCAUUUAAGAUAUUGACGAAUGUGCUGAUGGACCGUGCGAAAAUGGAGGAAAUUGCAUAGACGCUGUGAAUGAUUAUAACUGUAGCUGUGUUCCUGGAUACACUGGAAAAAAUUGCAGCAUUGGUAAGCCAAGUUUCAAUGUAACCCUUUUUUUUCAUGUAAGUCGUGAUUUUCUCACCCUAACACGUUUCUCACGUUCUGACAAACAAAGUAGAAAAAACUUCCGUAUUUUAAAUUCUGCUUAAGAUAUCGACGACUGUGCCGAUGGACCGUGCGAAAAUGGAGGAAGCUGCACAGAUGCUGUGAAUGAUUUUAAUUGUAGCUGUGUUCCUGGAUACACGGGAAAGAAUUGCAGUGUUGGUAAGCCAAUUCUCCAUGUAAUCAUGUUAUUUACAGCAAUUAAUUACUGAUCUAAUAACUGCAUGAAUAUGAAAUGCAGCAAAAUGCAGAUCGAGGCCAGAAGGCGGAGAAUCAUCCUAACUAUUUGACCAUGACAACAUUUUAUCAGACUGAUCUCGCAAAACCCUUCUAAAUUUGGUCAACGCUGGCUGGUUAUUCAAGAAUCAGUCGGUAGAUUAAUUGAAACGGAGUAGCCUGGGAGGACGCAUUCCUUAGCUAUAGAGCAUUAAUUUGAAAAUCAUUUUAGAGACCGAACUGAAUGUGAUUAUAUGGGGUAUUCGGAAGAAGUCAAUGCAUCCGAAAAGGGCAAACAAAGUGACUACAGUCUUUUAUGGAUUAAUAAUAAAACUUAGUAUUACAGCUAUUUCUUAAUAUAUUUCAAAAUAUUUUCCAAAUUUUAAAUUUCCUUCAAGAUAUCGACGAUUGUGCUGAUGGACCAUGCAAAAAUGGAGGAAGUUGCACAGAUGCUGUGAAUGAUUUUAAUUGUAGCUGUGUUCCUGGGUACACGGGAAAGAAUUGCAGUAUUGGUAAGCCAUUUCUCCAUGAAAUAGAAUUACAUUAUUUACAGUAAUUAAUUACUGAUUUAAUAACUACAUGAGCUUUUAAAAAACAUUUUCAUGGCUUAUGGCUCUCGAUAAUGGAAUAAGUGGAUGAUUAUGUUGAAGUGCCCAUCUGCUACAAAAAAUUGUAAAAUCUGCAGCCACGACUUCCUGUAAGACUAUUUUUGUAACUCUAGCUUGUUUUUGGUUUGUUUGUUUGUUUUAUUUUUUUGGAAUUCCCAUCCGUCCACAUAAUUUAUUUAGUUCUUUAAUAUAAUCUUCAUAGCUUCUUUCAUGACGGCUAUAAACUUUCCACCCUGCCCGCCUUGUCUAGCUCUCAACUUGCUAUUUGAGGGCGAAGAUGUCAAAAGGAUGUGUGUAAAAAUAAAGUACAUAUAUGUAUACAUUGAAAUGCAGCAAAAUGCAGAUCGAGGCCAGAAUGCUGGGAGUUAUCCUAACUAUGAUGACGACAUUUAUCAGACUGAUCUCGCAAAAGCCUUCUAAAUUUGGUCAACGCUCGCUGGUUAUUUAAGAAUUAGUUGGUGGAUUAAUUGAAACGUAACCUGCGAUCAGCAAAAAAAGAAAAAAAAAAUCGCCUGAUCACAGGUUAAUUGAAACGUAGUAGCCUGGGAGGACACAUUCCUUAGAGCAAAAUUUAAUUUAACAAUUAUUCAGUUAGAGACCGAACCAAAUGUGAUUAUAUGGGGUAUUCGGAAGAAGUCAAUGCAUCAGGAGAGAGCAACCAAAGCGACUGCUAACAGUCUUUUAUGGAUAAUAAAACUUAGUAUUACAGCUAUUUCUUAAUAUAUUUAAAAAUAUUUUCGGAAUUUUAAAUUCCUGUCAAGAUAUCGACGAUUGUGCUGAUGGACUGUGCAAAAAUGGAGGAAGUUGCACAGAUGUUGUGAAUGAUUUUAAUUGUAGCUGUGUUCCUGGAUACACGGGAAAGAAUUGCAGUAUUAGUAAGCCAAUUCUCCAUGUUAUAGAAUUGUCGCCUCAAUCCUUUAGAUCUAUUAUAUUCAUGCGCUGGCUAUCCAUUGUCGUCAGUUUACACAUUGCUUUUUAGAGAUAAAAUCUGAACAAACGUUUAAAGCUAAAGCCAAGAGAAGCUCUUGCUAAAGGAAAAAGCCCUGUGUUAUCAGUUGCAAGAACAUUCAUCAUCACUCUCAACUUACGGUCUUAACUUUAGUGUUUUUUGUUUAAGAAGCCAUAGCUUUAUUGACUGUGCUCAGUAUCCCGGCCUUUGAAUCAAAGCGAUAGAGGAUUGGAUGUAUCCUUGUUAUGCUACGAAUCUUUCCACUUUUCAUGUGAAGUCGUGAUUUUCUCGCCGGCGUUAUAACAAGUCUGUGAACAUGAGUAAAAAAAAAGGUUAUGGAGCAGUUUAGUGUCCCAACCCGUAUCAAGUGGCAUCCUGAAUCUUAAUCCAAUUUCAAAGUAUAUUAUGUAUUUUACAUUCCGCUUAAGAUAUCGACGAAUGUGCUGAUGGACCAUGCAAAAAUGGAGGAAGUUGCACAGAUGCUAUGAAUGAUUUUAAUUGUAGCUGUGUUCCUGGAUACACGGGGAAGAAUUGCAGUAUUGGUAAGCACGUUCUCCAUGUGAUAGAAUCAUUUUAUUUACAGCAAUUAAUUACUGAUUUAAUUACUGCAUGAGUAUGAAAUGCAGCAAAAUGUAACGUAGAUCGAGGCCAGAAGGGGGGGAAUUAUCCUGAACUAUGAUGACAACAUUUUAUCAGACUGAUCUCGCAAAAGCCUUCUUAGACCCUGUUUACAUUGAGUGGGGGAUCCCGGUCUAGUGGGGUAAGUUUCUUUUGUUUUGUGUCCCCCAGAGCGUGAAAACAAAAGAAACCAACCCCACUAGACCGGGGUCCCCCACUCCAUGUAAACAGGCCUUAAAUUUGACAACACUAGCUGUUUAUUUACGAAUCAGUCGGUGGAUUAAUUGAAACGGAGUAGCCUUAAUUUCAUUUUAAUUUGAAAAUCAUUUUAGAGGCCGAACCGAAUGUGAUUAUAUGAGGUAUUCGGAAGAAGUCAAUGCAACCAGAAAGGGCAAACAAAGCGACUACAGUCUUUUAUGGGUGGAUAAUAAAACUUAGUAUUACAGCCAUUUCGCAAUAUAUUUCAAAAUAUUUUCCGAAUUUUAAAUUUCGUUCAAGAUAUCGACGAUUGUGCUGAUGGACCAUGCGAAAAUGGGGGCAGUUGCACAGAUGCUGUGAAUGAUUUUAAUUGUAGCUGUGUUCCUGGAUACGCGGGAAAGAAUUGUAGUAUUGGUAAAGCCAGUUCUCCAUGUUAUAGAAUAGUCACCUUACUCCUUUAGAUCUAUUAUAUUCGUAUGUUGACUAUCCAUUGUCGUCAGUUUACAUUGCUUUUUAGAGAUAAAAUCUGAACAAACGUUUAAAGCUAAAGCCAAGAGAGGCUCUUGCUAAAGAAAAAAGCCCUGUAUUAUCAGUUGCAACAACAUUCAUGAUCACUCUAAACUUACGGUCUUAAUUAUAACUUUGGUGUUUUUUGUUUAAGAAGCCAUAGCUUUAUUGGCUGUGCUCAGUAUCCCGGCCUUUGAAUCGAAGCGACCGAGGAUUCGAUGCGUCCUUGUUAUGCCGGUACAAAUCUUUCCACUUUUCAGACUUUUCAUGUGAAGUCGUGACUUUCUCGCCGGCGUUAUAACAAGCCUGUGAACAAGCGUGAAAAAAAAAAAGGUUAUGGAGCAGUUUAGUGACCCAACCCGAAUCAAGUGGCAUCCUGAAUCUUUAUACGAUGUCAAAGUAUAUUAUUUUUUUUAAAAUUCCGCUUAAGAUAUCGACGAAUGUGCAGGUGGACCAUGCGAAAAUGGAGGAAGUUGCACAGAUGCUGUGAAUGAUUUUAAUUGUAGCUGUGUUACUGGAUACACGGGAAAGAAUUGCAGUAUUGGUAAGCCACGUUCUGCAUGAGUAUGAAAUGCAGCAAAAUGCAGAUCGAGGUCAGAAGGCGGGGAAUUAUCCUCAACUAUGAUGAUGACAUUUUAUCAGACUGAUCCGCCGCAACAGCCUUCUAAAUUUGGUCAACGCUAGAGCUGGUUAUUUAAGAAUCAGUCGGUGGAUUAAUUAAAACGGAGUAGCCUGAAAGGACGUAUUCCUUAGAGCAUUAAUUUGAAAAUCAUUUUAGAGGCCAAACCGAAUGUGAUUAUAUGGGGUAUUUGGAAGAAAUCAAUGAAACCGGAGAGGGCAACCAUAGCGACUACAGUCUUUAAUGGAUGGAUAAUAAAACUUAGUAGUAGAGCUGCUUCUUAAUAUAUUUCAAAAUAUAUAUUUUCCGAAUUUUAAAUUUCCUUCAAGAUAUCGAUGAUUGUGCUGAUGGACCAUGCGAAAAUGGAGGCAGUUGCACAGAUGCUGUGAAUGAUUUUAAUUGUAGCUGUGUUCCUGGAUACACGGGGAAGAAUUGCAGUAUUGGUAAGCUUAUUCUCCAUGUAAUAGAAUCAUGUUAUUUACAGCAAUUAAUUACUGAUUUAAUAACUGCACGAGUUUUUAAAAAACACUUAUUGCUCGCGAUAAUGGAACAGAGGAUGAUUAUGUUAAAGUGCCCAUUCUGCUACAAAAAAUAGCAAAAUCUGCAAACACGUCUUAAUGCACUAAUAAUUGAUGGUUCUUAGGGAAAUUUCUGUAAGACUAUUUUUGUAACUCUAGCUCUUUUGUUGUUGUCGAGUCGUUGUUGUGGUUUUUUUGUAAUUCUCAUCCGUCCGCAGAAUUUAUUUAGUUUACUUUAAUAUAAUCUUCAUAGCUUCUUUUAAUUUAAUAUUUAUGACUGCUAUAACCUUUCCACUCUACCCGCCUCGUCAGCGCCUCGUUACUCUUAACCUGCUAUUUGCAAAUUGAGGGCGGAGAUGGCAAAACGACCUGUGCAACACGUAUACAGUGAAAUGCAGCAAAAUGCAGAUCGAGGCCAGAAGGCGGGGAAUUAUCCUGAACUAUGAAGACGACAUUUUAUCAGACUGAUCUCGCGAAGGCUUCUAAAUUUGCUCAACGGUAGCUGGUUAUAUGAGAAUCAGUCGAUGGAUUAAUUGAAACGGAUUAGCCUGGGAGGACGCAUUCCUUAAUUAGAGCAUUAAUUUGAAAAUCAUUUUAGAGGCCGAACCGAAUGCGAUUAUAUGGGGUAUUCGGAAGAAGUCUAUGCAACCGGAGAGAGCAAACAUAGCGACUACAGUCCUUUAUGGAUUGAAAAUAAAACUAAGUAUUACAGCUAUUUCUUAAUAUAUUUCAAAAUAUUUUCUGAAUUUUAAAUUUCUUUUAAGAUAUCGACGAUUGUGCUGAUAGACCGUGCGAAAAUGGAGGAAGUUGCACAGAUGCUGUGAAUGAUUUUAAUUGUAGCUGUGUUCCUGGAUACACGGGAAAGAAUUGUAGUAUUGGUAAACCAAUUCUCCAUGUUAGAGAAUUGUCACCUCACUCCUUUAGAUCUAUUAUAUUCAUAUGUUGACUAUCCAUUGUCGUCAGUUUACACAUUGCUUUUUAGAGAUAAAAUCUGAGCAAACGUUUAAAGCUAAAGCCAAGAGAGGCUCUUGCUAAAGCAAAAAGCCGUGUGUUAUCAGUUGCAACAACAUUCACUCUAGAUCUCAACUCACGUUUCUUAACUUUGGUGUUUUUUGUUUAAGAAGCCAUAGCUUUAUUGACUGUGCUCUGUAUCCCGGCCUUUGAAUCGAAGCGAUCGAGGAUUGGAUGUGUCCAUGUUAUGCUACAAAUCUUUCCACUUUUCAUGUGAAGUCGUGAUUUUCUCGCCGGUGACAUAACAAGCCUGUGAACAUGAGUGAAAAAAAAGGUUAUGGAGCAGUUGAGUGACCCAACCCGUGUCAAGUGGCACCCUGAAUCUUACUUCGAUUUCAAAGUAUAUUAUGUAUUUUAAAUUCCGCUUAAGAUAUCGACGAUUGUGCUGAUGGACCGUGCGAAAAUGGAGGAAGUUGCACAGAUGCUGUGAAUGAUUUUAAUUGUAGCUGUGUUCCUGGAUACACGGGGAAGAAUUGCAGUAUUGGUAAGCUACGUUCUCCAUGUGAUAGAAUCAUUUUAUUUACAGCAAUUAAUUACUGAUUUAAUUACUGCAUGAGUAUGAAAUGCAGCAAAAUGUAACGUAGAUCGAGGCCAGAAGAGGGGGAAUUAUCCUG